GAAGAAGAAGAAGAGGGAGGAGGAAGAGAAAUAAAAGCACUUCGACGAGCACAGACCGACACUUUCUUCACCGGCACCUUUUGCUUCCACGCAGAAAUAUACUUUAAAUGGCACACUUUGGGCGGAAAAAGAUCCCCUUUGUGGGGGGAGGAGUGGACCCUGGACGAGUUUAAGGAGAAGAAGGAGGGCAGAACUUUCUUCCUCCUUCACUUGUGUGCAAGAAUGGGUGCUGGAGCUCUGACCAUCUGUCACAACAAGGCGGCGGUGCAGGUGAAGGAGGACAUGAAAAGGAUGGUUCAGAUGCCCAUGCUGAGACCCAGGUCAGGUGGGGCCAAGCACACCAAGCUGUUUGGGGCGUCCCUGUUGGAGCUGCAGGACAAGGGGCUGAUGGAGGACGGCGUGCCUCUGGUGGUGAGGAGGAUGGUGGAGCAUCUAUGCAAGAACGCUUUGCGGCAGGAGGGUUUGUUCAGGGUGAACGGCAACGUCCGCGCUGUGGAGGCCUUGAGACAGCGGCUGGAGAACGAAGAAGACGUGGACAUGAGCGACUCGGACAUAUGCACGGUGGCCAGCUUGCUAAAGAAGUACUUAAGGGACUUGCCUCAGGGCCUUGUGGACUCUGCCGUCCAAAAGGAGCUGAUACUUCACUAUCAAGAAUGCGGCGACGAUGGCUCCUGCUCAGACCUGCGGGACCUGCUGAAGCAGCUUCCAGAUGCCCACCACAGCCUGCUGCGUUACUUGUGUCACUUCCUCACAAAGGUGGAGAGCAACCAAAAGGAGAACCGCAUGACCGCACACAACCUGGCCACUGUGUUUGGGCCCAGCGUCUUCCACGUGGCUGCCAGGAUCGAGGCCUUGAACGAUCAGAAUAUCUGCAACAAGAUCCUGGUGCGGCUCAUCCAGAACCACGACAGCAUAUUUGAGACGGACAACAAGCAAGAAGAAGAAGAAGAAGAAGAGGUGGCGGAGGAACUGGCAGAUGUCGUUCUGGUCAAGGUUGUGACAAAUAUCCCAGAAGUUCAGCGCCAAGGCAGUGAUGCACGGCUUAGGAGAAGGAAGGUGAGGAGGGUGGCGAGUGGCGACGACACCCAUGUGCCCCCCCGGCCCGUGCGCCCGGCCCCGCCGUCUCACGGAGAUCGGCCUCUCGCCGUACCAAUGGGGUUCCCCCCGGCGUCGAGCACCAGCCCGGAGGUUAUGGAGACGACUCACACGCCUCACAGAGACACAACCAUGCCUGCCUAUUGCCAUGGCAACCUGGACGUCAGGUCCUCCAUUGUUGUCAGGGAGGCCCUCAGAAGCUCCCAAGAUGACGAGAGACCCAUAUCGCCUUUCUACAUAAGUCCACUCUGCUCACCCGUGCUUCGCUCACCUGAAGUGGUAGACAUCCUGGACCGGACCAUACGUUCCACGGUGGAGCAGCACCUCUUCGACGUCGAUGCUGGCCAGUCGACCCAGAGGCGGCCAUCUCCCAAGGAUGCCCUGACCGCCAGACAGCGGCGGCGUCAUCGUAGAGAGCAGCAAGAGGACGGCUCAAGUCCCAGAGAAAGAAGCAGAGCCGACACCAACAAGGAGAACAUCCCGUCGUCAGGAGGCGGCAGGAGAAGCGUGGGGGUGGACAUAGGCGGCAGCGUUGGCGUGGACUCACAGGCCGGACAGAGCGAUCUGUUGGUGCGAGUGCCUAAAGCCAGGAAGUGGAAACACAACCCAACGCUAGUGCAGCUCAACAUAGACGCCCACAAAGAGGUCGGUGGCGUUUCGGGAGCCUCUGAGAGAACCAGGUCCGACCACAUGGAGCCACCUAAGAAAAGGAAUCACGCGUCACGAAAAGAUGACAUUACUUCUCCCACGCUGACGCUCAGGAUGAAGAUCCAGGAGUCGCCCGCCAUUCGCGACCCCAGGCUCGGCGGGGGCGGGGAGGUGCGGGGCUCGGACCCCGAGCGGGACAAGGCGAGCUGCGAGGACGUGCCUCGGCUGGACCUGACGACGCUAGGCCAGGACAACAGCAACUGGGGAGAACCGGUACCGGCCUUCUCGUCCCUGCGGAGGGACAGCAUGGACCGCGAGGAGGCUGGUCUGUCGCCGCACGCCGGAGGUUUGCUGAUUCGCCAGCUGCUGGAGGAGGACAGCGACCCCAUGCCGUCCCCUCGCUUCUACGGCUACGGACAGUGCCAGCAGUAUCUGGACGACACCGAAGUGCCUCCGUCGCCGCCCAACGCCCACUCCUUCAGCAGUCGCAGGAGGAGUUCCUCGCUGGGCUCCUGUGACGACGACAAGGAGGAGCUGACCACCGCCCAGCUCACCAAGAGGAUCCACGUCCUCAAAAAGAAGAUCCACAGGUUCGAGGAGAAAUUUGAAGAUGAGCGGAAAUACAGGCCUUCCCACAGCGACAAGGCUGGAAACUCUGAGGUCCUCCGAUGGGUCAACGAACUGGCCAGGUUGCGCAAAGAACUAAAAGAACACAAGCUGAUGAAGUCCGAGGAGGAUCCCCCGCCUCUGACCCGCCAGCGCAGCAACACGCUGCCCAAGAGCUUCGGCUCGCAGCUGGAGAAGAAGACCCAGCAGGAGAAGGUGCCCAAGCCCCCCGUGGAGAGCACGCUGGAGGGCAUCCUGAAGAAGCUGCAGGAGAAGCGCGAGGAGGUCAACCGCCCCGAGGACAUUAAGGAUAUGACCCGGGAGCAGUUUGGAGCGGAGAAACUUGCUCUGCAGAAAGCUCUUCUCCACUACGAGAGCAUUCAUGGACGACCUGUGACCAAGAGCGAGAGGCAGAUCAUGAAGCCGCUGUACGACCGAUACCGGCUGGUCAAGCAGAUCCUGUGCAGAGCCUCCACCAUCCCCGUCAUCGGCUCGCCCUCCAGCAAGCGUCGAGGCCCCCUCCUCCAGCCCAUUAUCGAGGGCGAAACCGCACUCUUCUUCGACGACGUCAAGGAGGAAGAAGAGGGAUCCGAAGACGAGGGCGACGCCAAGACGCAGUUCUCCAUGACCGCCAGGCCCGACCUGAACGUGCUCAACUUCCCGGGUCACGCGGAGCAGGAAGUGGACGGUUUCAUUUCCCCCGUGGACGAACUUUGUCCUUCUAUCAACGCCACCACCGACAUGCGACUGUCCAACCUGCACUCGGCCACCACGCAAGAACUGGUGGAACAACUCCAGGAGGCCCGAGAGGAGAAGAAGAGAAUCCGUAAAACCCUCAAAGAAUUUGAAGAGCAAUUCUUUCGGCAAAAUGGAAGGACCGUCCAGAAGGAGGACCGUUCCCCGCUCGCAGUGGAGUACAACGAGUACAAACACAUCAAAGCCAAGCUGAGGCUGCUGGAGGUCCUCAUCAGCAAAAGAGACGACACCAAGUUGGUCUAAAAACUGGAUUUUUUUAUUAUCUCCAAACUGCGGACGAAACCCUCAACAAUUACACUUUUAAUAAUAAUAAUAAUAAUAAUCACCACUCAUUUUUCCUCUCCUUUUCACCAUAUUUCAACCACAAGAGGAAAUAUACCAAGUCUUCAAAUGAAGCCAUCACGUUCACCCAUUUGUUAGAUUUGUCGUAAAUGAAUCGGCGAUUUUCCACAUUUAACGUAAAAAAAACUUCCUGGCUAAAGUGAUUUGACUGCUGAGACAAAAGAGUACUCGGGGCUACAAAACACGAUAACAAAACGUAAUAAAUCGAGAAAAUUUGCCAGACUUAAGUUGAUAUUGUGAAAAAAAAUGGUAUUUUACGGGAAAAAAUAUUUAAUAUUUUUGUUGUAUUUUAUUAUAUAUAUAUAUAUACCAUAUUUUUCGGACUAUAAGGCGCACUUAAAAUCCUUUCAUUUUCUCAAAACUCGACAGUGCCUAAUGUACGGAAUAAUUCUGGUUGUGCUUACCGACCUCGUAGCAAUUUUACUUGGUACAUGGUGCAAUGAUAAGUGUGACCAGUAGAUGGCAGUCACACAUACUGCGGACGAAACCCUCAACAAUUACACUUUUAAUAAUAAUAAUAAUAAUAAUAAUCACCACUCAUUUUUCCUCUCCUUUUCACCAUAUUUCAACCACAAGAGGAAAUAUACCAAGUCUUCAAAUGAAGCCAUCACGUUCACUCAUUUGUUACAUUUGUCGUAAAUGAAUCGUUGAUUUUACACAUUUAACGUGAGAAAACUUCCUGGCUAAAAUGAUUUGGCUGCUGAGACAAAAGAGUACUCGGGGCUACAAAACACGAUAACAAAACGUAUUAAAUCGAGAGAAUUUGCCAGACUUAAGUUGAUAUUGUGAAAAAAAAUGUAUUUUACGAGAAAAAAUAUUUAAUAUUUUUGUUGUAUUUUAUUAU